AUGAUGGAAGAGAGUGGAAUAGAGACAACUCCACCUGGCACGCCCCCACCAAGCACAGCAGGGGCGGCUGCUGCUGCUACACCUGUCUCAUUAGCUUUGUCCAGUCCCCUUGCUACCCCAAGCAUGUCGUCAUCUCCUGCAUACUCGCCUCCCUUGCCAGCUGGGGUGUCUCCACUUCCUCCUCCUAUGAUGACUUCAGCUUCUCUUCCACUUGUGCCUUCUGCAACGGUUUCUACUAUUGCACCACCUCUAACUCCUGCCCCACCUCCUGUUGCCCCUUCAGCUUUUAGUACCUCCAUGUCCCAGUUCUCUACACCUCCUCCAUUAAGCUCUGCUACUGGCCCUGGUCUUCCUGCACCUCCCACUGGUCCCCCCAUUUCAGGAUUUUCUGUGUCUUCAACCUAUGACAUUACCAGAGGUCAUGCUGGUCGAGCACCACAGAGCCCAUUGAUGCCAUCAUUUUCUGCACCUUCAGUCACAGGUGUUUUGGCAGAUCCUAUUACUCAACAAGCAACUUUUUCAUCACCUUUGGCUCCUGGAACUGGUUCUGCAAUCACUUUUCCUGAGGAGCAUGAAGACCCCAGAGUAUCGACUGCCCAAGGUGGAGCACCUGCUGGAGGGCUGUGGGGGUUUAUAAAGGGUGUAGCUGAGAAUCCCAUGGUGAAGUCUGUUCUUGAUAAAACCAAACAUUCAGUGGAGACCAUGAUCACAACGCUGGAUCCUGGCAUGGUUCCAUAUAUCAAAACUGGGGGAGAACUGGACAUAGUGGUUACUUCUAAUAAAGAGGUAAAAGUCGCAGCAAUUCGAGAUGCCUUUCAAGAAGUCUUUGGAAUGGCUGUUGUUACUGGAGAGGCUGCACAGUCUAACAUCGCACCCCAACCUGUGGGCUAUGCUGCAGGUUUAAAAGGAGCCCAAGAAAGGAUAGACAGCUUGCGUCGGACAGGAAUAAUACAUGAAAAACAGCCUGCUGUAUCAGUAGAAAACUUCAUUGAGGAAUUGCUUCCUGACAAGUGGUUUGACAUUGGAUGUCUGAUUAUUGAGGAUCCAAUUCAUGGAAUUCAUCUGGAAGCUUUUACCCAAGCAACACCAGUGCCUUUGCAAUAUGUUCAGCGGGCUAAGAGUCUCACUCCUCAGGACUACAAUCUGAGAUGGUCAGGCCUGUUGGUGACCGUGGGCGAAGUGCUUGAGAAGAGUAUACUGAACGUCAACAGGACUGACUGGCACGUGGUAUUCACUGGCAUGUCCCGUCGACAGAUGAUCUACAGUGCAGCCAAGGCUCUAGCGAAACAACACUUACCACCCAGGACCGUUUGAAAGAAGGCUGAUCCAUGACACUAAGGAAUACUGAUUUUGAUUCUAGAAUUGAAGUGAAAGCUACAUACUCUAAUUCUCAGUGCAUACAACACAGAUUUGUAAUCUAACUGUAAACUGUAUUUUACUUUUUAAGAAGUGAAGGUAAUUUCCAAUAGUGGAAAUGAGCAAUUUUUAACUACUAUAUGAUUUCCAAUAUGAUUCACAAACAGGAAAUCAGAACAAACAUGUAUUUAUAACUGGGACAAAGAGCAUUACAGUUUGUAAAGUGGAAUGUGCUAUUAUUUGACAACUUACUAGGCAUUUGCUGAGAUAUUUUAGUUAGUAUACAUUUUUAAAGAAGGGGUUCAUUGUUUAGCUGUUUCUAUUAUAUUAGUAAUAUAAACAAGUUGACAGCAUAACAUAUAUAUGCAUUUCAAUCCAGAGAGACUACCUUCUGUAUUAGAUGUUUUCUUAGGGCCUGUGCUUAGGUGGUACUUAACACCUCAUAGGUUUGGUGUCUGUAUAUAAGUUCUCAGGAGUGAUGCUGAGUAGUUUUUACAACACAUAACAGUGAGCUGCUGAAGAAGAGCACAAAUCCAUGCCCCAUUAGUUGAAGUUGUUGCUAAAUAAUUUUGAAAUCUUAUUUUCCAUGUUGCAUCUUUCUUCUUUUUAUGUAACAGUAAUGAAAUUCAUGUCCAAUUAAAACACUAGACAAAUUUCAAGUUGCUUCAGUGGGUUUUAGAUGAGGUACCACAUACGCAUGAAAUUAUCUCAGCAGUUUCAACAACAUAAUUUACUCCAGUGCUUCCAAACUUCAUAUUUUAUAUGGAAUUAUGUAAUUUCUUCUAUCAGGUUGUGGUUGUCAGCAAUUUGAUGUGGAAAAUGGUGAGAUGUGUUUCACUUGCUAUCCUGGGUUUUCUAAAUGUUUUUAAGUCUUAAAUGCUUUCUUGAUGUCAGGAGCUCACUGUUUCUCAUAUGAGUCUUCAGUGGUGUCUGAUUUUCUUCAUGGCUACAAAUGCCCUCUAUCCAAGCUCACACAAUCUUAAAUCUUUAUUUAGAAAUAUGGAAGUAAUUGUGAAGAAUAUAUUUUGGUAAUAAUACUUUUUUAAGAAAUGAACAAUAAACAAAUACUUCUUGUUUGCC